AUAUUUCCAUAUUCAUAAACAAGUGAUGUCACGUUCACGUUGUUUAUAAAUAACGAAAGAACACUUAAAACUUGGACCUGUUAGAAGUUUAUCCGAGCAGAAGUGGAAUUACACAUCUGUGACAUCACUUUCCAUGUUAAGAAUGGGAUUUCGUGAGUCCAAAAGGCAUUGGGUCGAUCUCUUUUGUGGACUGUUCUGUUGAAAUCGUUGAUUUCGCAACAGGAGUGUAAAACGUAGAAGGGGACAGAUCAGUUCCACUGCACACGUACACCGGACGGUGUACGGGUAAAUGGAAUCAAAUUACUGAUCAGUUGAACCCAACAAAAUGUCCACCAGCAUGACCAGCAAGUACUUUACGUCUGGUGCUGCGGAGGCACAGAACAUCCCUCUCCUUGAGAUGAUGAACCCCAACACGGCCCAGACUCUCCAGGAUAGCUUCCUGUCGUGUUCGAUUUGUUACGAUGUUUAUACGGAACCUAAGUGCCUGCCUUGUCUCCACACCUUCUGCUGUUCCUGCCUGAUUUCCUACAUGCAGUCGCAGGAAGUAUAUGGCGCCAGACGAAAAAAGGGCUUCCCAUGUCCUGUUUGCAAACAGUUCAUUUCCAUUACAAAUCAUCUCGGUAGCUUUAGUGAGUGGGCAGAUGAAUUGAAACAUAACUUUAUGAUACAGAAUAUGAUUGAUAUGGUCAUUCGGAAGUCUGACCAAGAAAGAAAGAAAAGUGAAGAGAGGACCACAGACGAUGAUGUUCCCCCACAGCGACCGCCGCCAAGGCCUUCAGCUCCACCACAGCGGCCGCCCCCGCCAACGCCUUCAGCUCCACCACAGCGGCUGCCUCCGCCAAGGCCUUCAGCACCACCACAGCUACCAGUGUUACCAAGGCCUUCAGCGCCACCAUUAUCGGUCUACUCAAACACGCCCUCUGACUCUAGAUCCCUGUUUCAUGGUUGGUCUAAUCAAUCAAACCUCAGACCACAAACUGAGAGUCCUGACUCUCCAGAUCAUCCCUCAAGAGCAUCUUACGGUAGGCAGAACUCUACCAGUAUGCCGGAGUUGAACCCAGGGUUUCACUCACCUGCAGGUCACACAAAUGCUGCAGCAGCUGGUGCAGGCAGCCGGGGAACAACCCCAGGAGUUUCUGCUUCUAACACAUCUGUAUCCUAUACAGAGACAGCGAUGAGAGUAAACAAAACCUAUGAAAUGGCAGCAAGAAGCUGGACGGAUUACAAACCUCCAAAAAUUUCUGAUAUCUGUUGUCUCCCUAAACAAAACAGCGUGUUGGUGCUUGAUUGGGGAAAUCGAUGCGUCAAGUUCAUCAAAGAUAUCUUCCUGGGUCGGAAUGUUACCACCAGCAACGAAGUGGUUGGACGGCCAUGUUCCCUAGAACUCCUUGAUAAAGUGACAGAGAGUCGUAUUGUGGUCAGCGUCCUUGAUAGAAAGAAGAUGUACUUCCUGUCAGUACCUGACCUUGACGUUGUGAACGUCUCUGACACGAUUUCUACAUACCGUGGUGUCACAGUGCUAAGUCCGACCACCAUCUUGGCUUCCAGUGAAGACGAACCAGCCCACUUGGACCUCCUCCGCAUCAACCAUCGCUGUAAGAUCGUGAACUGCACCAGAAUCUACAGGUGUGGAUUCUUCGAAGGAUCAUGGAAUGGUGACCUCGCUGAACCUCUCUACAUCAAGGCCAUGUCUGCAACACAGUUUGCAGUGUCUGACUUUCAGAGGAGAAGUCUUGUAUUCUUUAAGAUAGAGAAUGGUAAAAAGGCAGUGAGGAUGUUCACAGUAACUCCUCCAGAUUACCGAUGUUUCCUGCAGCCAGGUGGUUUGUGUUACCACAAUGACAGCAUGUACAUGGUAGACUCUGAAAAACAUGAAGUCCAUAAGGUCUCUUUCAGUGCCGGGAUCAGGUGCGAGACGAUUCUCAAACAGAGGGAUGGUGUGUACAGACCGUCAUCUAUCUGUGUUGGGCCUCGUGGAGAACUUUGCGUUACCAACUGGGAAGGGAAGGUCACCAUCUUUAAACAAAGAGUGUAAAGAAUAAAUCUAGCCUGAGUACACGCCACCAACAGGACAAUUGGAAAUGUUGUAUGGAGAAUUGUGUGUCAGCAACUGUGAAGGGAAGGUCACCAUCUUUAAAGGAAGAGUAAAAAGAAGCUGGCAAAACUGCGUGGUACCAAUUUUGAAAUGAAGGUCACUAUCUUUAUAUGAAGAGUGAAAAGAAGCUAGCAAAACUGCGUGGUACCAAUUGUGAAGGGAAGGUCACCAUCUUUAAAGGAAGAGUGAAAAGAAGCUAGCAAGAGUACAUGCCACCAACAGGUCAAUUGGAACUGCGUGGUGCCAAUGUGAAGGGAAGGUCACCAUCUUUAAAGGAAGAGUGUAAAGAAUCUAGAUGAUAGAGUACACCACCAACAGGACAGUUGGAAAUGUGGUAUGACAAUAUAUUCGCUCACAAGUGAAAUUUGCUGAUGUAGUAUUUAAAUUAAAUUAAAUCUUCAGUCCUCUUUAAUAUGAACUGUUGAAAUUUGUUGUUUUGAAAAGAGCAUUUUGUCAUGUAUGUUCUUAAAGCUAUUGGUCACAAUAUCUGCAUAUGUUACAAAGGGUUAAUAAUUUCCGAGCCCCGCCAUGGAGUGAAAACUUUGCUUGUGGACAUUGUGGAGUUUUUUAACUAAAGUCAAGCUUUGAAAAGAGCAAACUGUUUGGCUGUGACAAGACACAACAUGUGACCUAUGGACAAUGGAAUGACUUGAGGAACAUAGCAUGUACAUUUAAAGUGAAUAACCCGGCUCCAUCCAUGCACAAAUUGUUGCUUAGCAGUAAUGGCCAUUAAUGAAGAUACAAGUGGUGUUCUGGGCAUUAUGUUUUCAUUGUUUUGACAACAGGCUCCAGCCUUGUAAUGUUUGUUAUUUAUUGUCCAAGUUUGAGAUGUACACUUUCUUUUGUGAGUCAGAUCACAUGACCUAUAUUGGCUGUCUGUGGAGUGUGAUAAAUGAUUGGUUGGUUUGUUUGGUGUUUAAAGCCGCGUGCACCAAUAUUCGAGGUAUAUAGCAGCGGUCAGUAAAUAAUCGAGUCUGGACCAGACAAUCCAGUGAUCAACAUCAUGAGCAUAGAUCUACACAAUUGGGAUGAGAUGACAUGUGUCAACCAAGUCAGUAAGCCUGACCACCCGAUUCUGUUAGGUGCCUCUUACUACAAGCAUGGGUUACUGAAGGUCAAUUCUAACCCGGAUCUUCAUGGGUCCUAUGAUAUAUGACAUCCUGUGCAUAAUAUAUUAUUUAUGGCCUAUAUUAAUCCCCCAGUGGUUUGUGGUGUAUGUUUAGUAUCUUGUGAAGAUAUAUAUUAUGUGGGCUACAUUGGAUUCCGUUCUUAUUUCCGACACAGAAAACCUCACUUGCCCGACUAGCCAGGGUGACAGCUUCAAUAUUGGCUGAGCUGAUAGUGUCAGUGCUGUAGCGCAGGGACUCUACCAUUUAGGGUCUUGUUUUGUAAUAUGUAUAUAUACAUUUGUAAUAUAUAUAUAUACAUUUGUAAUAUAAUGUAAUAAUGAUCACUAGAUUCACGACAACUGUGAUAUAGAGACAAUGUCGAAUUUCUUUCUUUUGCCUUCAGGUUUUUGUUAUUAGUAUUUAUAGGACCUGUUUUGUUUGUGUUUUAUUAUAUAUAUAUAUAUUGCUGUUUUAAAAGGGACUUAGCUUGGAAUAACAGGCAGUCCCAGCAAAUACUCAAGAAAUUGUGAUUACCUAUUGUGUGGUAGACUUGUGUUCAGCAGGUGGAAGGGAGUUAUAGUUUAUGAUGUGUGUGAACUGGACGCCCUUGUUGAUUAUAGUUUGGAUUAUGCAGAAUGGACACCCUUGUGGAAUAUAGUUCUUGAAACUGCAAACUGGACACCCUUGUGGAGUAUAGGUCUUGAAACUACAAACCGGACACCCUUGUGGAGUAUAGGUCUUGAAACUGCAAACUGGACACCCUUGUGGAAUAUAGUUCUUGAAACUGCAAACUGGACACCCUUGUGGAAUAUAGUUCUUGAAACUGCAAACUGGACACCCUUGUGGAGUAUAGGUCUUGAAACUGCAAACCAGACACCCUUGUGGAGUAUAGUUCUUGAAACUGCAAACUGGACACCCUUGUGGAGUAUAGGUCUUGAAACUGCAAACUGGACACCCUUGUGGAAUAUAGUUCUUGAAACUGCAAACUGGACACCCUUGUGGAAUAUAGUUCUUGAAACUGCAAACUAGACACCCUUGUGGAAUAUAGUUCUUGAAACUGCAAACUGGACACCCUUGUGGAGUAUAGGUCUUGAAACUGCAAACUGGACACCCUUGUUGAGUAUAGGUCUUGAAACUGCAAACUGGACACCCUUGUGGAAUAUAGUUCUUGAAACUGCAAACUGGACACUCUUGUGGAGUAUAGGUCUUGAAACUGCAAACUGGACACCCUUGUUGAGUAUAGGUUUUGAAACUGCAAACUGGACACCCUUGUGGAAUAUAGUUCUUGAAACUGCGAACUUGACACCCUUGUGGAGUAUAGGUCUUGAAACUACAAACCAGACACCCUUGUGGAGUAUAGUGCUUGAAACUGCAAACUGGACACCCUUGUGGAGUAUAGUUCUUGAAACUGCAAACCGGACACCCUUGUGGAGUAUAGGUCUUCAAACUGCAAACCGAACACCCUUGUGGAGUAUAGUUCUUGAAACUGCAAACUGGACACCCUUGUGGAAUAUAGUUCUUGAAACUGCAAACUGGACACCCUUGUGGAAUAUAGUUCUUGAAACUGCAAACUGGACACCCUUGUGGAAUAUAGUUCUUGAAACUGCAAACCAGACACCCUUGUGGAGUAUAGUUCUUGAAACUGCAAACCGGACACCCUUGUGGAGUAUAGGUCUUGAAACUACAAACCAGACACCCUUGUGGAGUAUAGUGCUUGAAACUGCAAACUGGACACCCUUGUGGAGUAUAGUUCUUGAAACUGCAAACCGGACACCCUUGUGGAGUAUAGGUCUUCAAACUGCAAACCGAACACCCUUGUGGAGUAUAGUUCUUGAAACUAUGCAAACUGGACACCCUUCUGGGUUUUAGUUUUUGGUCGGUGCAAACUAAACACCCUUAAGGGUUAUAGAUCAUGAACUGGGCAACUAUUUAUCCUACAAAUUAUGGGUAUUCUCUGUGCAAACAUAUAUCUGGACUAAAGUCUACCCUUGUGCAAAAUGUACACUCAUGUGUAGUGUGAAUCUGUGAUUAGUGCAAACCAACACCAGUACAGUCUGUCCAAACUGAACACUCCCCUGGAUUAAAACAAGCGCUGUUGUGGACGGUUUUGUCAAGUCAUUGUACAAGGAUGGACCUUGUGACUUAUGAGUAGUUGUACAAAUACAUGUUGUAUGUUUAGUAGGAAGUUCCCCGUAUUUUAGCCUUGUAUGUAGCAAUACCUUGUACAUGUUACACUGUAUUUCAUGUUAUGCAACCACUUUGUGUCACAAGAGAAACCGAAUCUGUAUCAUGUUGAUAACUUUCCUGUCAUGCAGACCCAACAAGCUCAAGUGUCUGCAGUUUUUAUUUUCUAACUUGCCUUACGACCCACAAGUGACAUGUUUUCAUGCUAUGAAUGGGUAUUAGUAUUACUUCAGAUUUCUUUUACUGUGUCUUGUUUUUAUAUUGUGCUAUGUUUAAUCCAUAUUAGCUGAUUUUGUAUGACUAGCAUGCGUGACUUUGGAGUUUGUUUGCCUUUUCAACUACAUGGUUGAAUGAGACUAGUGAUCUCUACAAGCUCAAAUGAUAUUUUGUUAGCCAAUUUAAUCCCGUUUACGGCUAUUUGAUUUCCUGUAUAAGCCAUUAUAAUCAGUGCCAGUCCUGAAGACACAGUAUAAUCCUACAUCACCCUGUAUAAACCUCUAUGAGUCUGACAUUUGUCAGUCAGCAACACUACAAGCCACCAUGACCCUUAGCUAAGAUUUCUCUUUUAAAGAUGACCAUGACCUUUGUCAAUCUAGUUGACUCUGUAUAGGUCACCAUGACCUUUGUCAGUCUAUAUCACUCUGUAUGGGCACAUCACCUUUGUCAAUCUGAAUGACUCUGUAUGGGCAUAUCACCUUUGUCAGCAUCAGUGACUCUGUAGAGGUCAUGACCUUUGUCAGUCCAGAUGACUCUGUACGGGCAGAUGACCUUUGUCAGUCUAGAUGACUCUGUAUGGGCAGAUGACCUUUGUCAGUCUAGAUGACUCUGUAUAGGUCACCAUGACCUUUGUCAGUCCAGAUGACUCUGUAUGGGCAGAUGACCUUUGUCAGUCUAGAUGACUCUGUACGGGCAAAUGACCUUUGUCAGUCCAGAUGACACUGUAUAGGCCUCCAUGACCUUUGUCAGUCUAAACAUUGCCCUAUGCAAUAAACAGGAAGUUAUUAUUCAUAAUGUUGUAUUACUUCCAGAAUGUGGAUCAAACAAUGACACUUGUCAGACUAGAUGACUCUGUAUAAGCCCAAUUUCCUAUGUUAUGUUUUGUUAUGUUAUGCAUAAUUCCAAAUGACCUUAUGUAUAUCAUGACCACUUGACCAUCCAGAUGAUCCUGUACAAGCCCAUAUGACUGUCAAUCUGGAAGACCUUGUGUCAGCCAUAAUGGUUGUAUAUAUUUGCUCAACAGUUUGGAUGUCAACCCAAAUCAACCUGUUUGAGUUAUAAAGACUUUGUUGUUUUAAAAUGAACAAAUAUGAGCCCAUUGUCAUUGACAGAUUUACAACUGUUUUGUAGUUUUGAUUUCUAUAUAGGUUGAAAAUAUGUGAAACUGGUUAAUAUUUAUGUCCUCUGGUGUUCUCUACCUGGAAAAUGAAAAAGACUGUGCAUAUCCAUUUAGAAGUAGUCAGAAAAAAGUAGUCAGUCUUUUUAUAAUGUAACAAUCUGCAUUAGUACAUCUACCGAGGGUGUCAUUUUUUUUAUGUGUUUCACAUAGCCACCAAAUUCCGAACAUUGGUCGGUCAGUCAGUCGUGAAAAAGCAAAAAACAAAAAAAGUUAAUAAAGACAAAAUUAUCUGAA